UGGUGGGUUGGGCACCACAACGAGCAGUUCUGAAUCAUCCUUCCAUUGCUUGCUUCAUAAGCCAUUGCGGUUGGAAUUCCACCAUGGAAGGCGUAAGCAAUGGAGUCCCCUUCUUGUGCUGGCCCUACUUUGCUGACCAAUUCCUGAACGAGAGCUGCAUUUGUGAUAAUUGGAAGGUGGGAUUGAGAUUUGACAAAGAUGAGAGUGAGAUUAUUAGAGGAGAAGAGAUUAAGAGCAAAGUAGAGAAACUACUGAGUGCUGAGAAUUUUAAGGCGAGGGCUCUUGAAUUGAAGGAGAAGACCUUGAACAACAUCAAAGAAGGUGGUUCCUCUGAACAAAAUCUCAAGAGUUUCAUUGAAUGGGUGAAAUCAUAGACAAGUUGUUUGCAGUUUCGUUUUUGCAUCAUUUUCUUUGCCCUGUUUUCUAUCUUUUUCUUCAUGAAUCAUGUUUGAAAUUCUGCAAUAAAAAUUAAAAUUAUAU